AUGGACGAAGACUUCCAGUAAUACUUUGAUUCGUAUCUAUCCCCUUACGUCACUGGUGCAGCUAGAACGUCGUGCACUUUUUAAUUUCCCUUUUGACGUGACCACGGUGACUGAACACAGAGCUUUUAGGAGAUAAUUGUGCGGAGGCAUUGCUACAGAAACUGCUUAUAUUAGCAUCACGAGCAUGGAGGUGAUAUUUCUGGGAACAGCAUCAGCCUAUCCUACACCUGAUAGAGGAGUUUCUUGCAUAGCACUAAAAAAUGAGGACUGGGUAUGGUUGUUUGAUUGUGGUGAGGGGUCACAAACACAAGUCAUGAAGAGUAAGGUCAAACCAGGAAAGAUCAGCAAAAUAUUUAUAACCCAUCUCCAUGGUGACCAUUGUUAUGGUUUACCAGGAUUAAUGUGUACCAUCAGUCAGAAUAACCAAAGAAGUGAACCAGUAGAAAUUUAUGGUCCUGAAGGUCUCAGAAAGUUUUUACGGACGUCAUUAUCAUUGUCACAGUCACAACUAGGAUUUGAUUAUAUAGUUUAUGAACUAAAAAUGAUACCAGAACAAUAUGUCUUUGAAACCAGUGGAGCAAUAUUGACAUGGGAUGUAAACCUGUCAUGUGAUGAUAUCUUACAUCCAAAUGAACGACCAGGUUUAUUGAUAGAAUGUGAUAGAGACAAAGUUUGGGAUCUAUAUGAUGAUAGUAAAAUUGGAGUUAAGGCAGUUUGGUUGAAACAUAGAAUUCCAUCGUUUGGAUUUGUAAUACAAGAGAAACCAAUAUCUGGAAAGUUAGAUCCAGCUAAACUAAAGGCUAAAGGGAUACCUCCAGGUCCCUUAUAUUCUAUAAUAAAAUCAGGGCAGACAGUCACAGCACCAUCUGGAGAAAAGAUUUCCCCAAGAGAUGUUGUUGGACCUCCAAGACCAGGAAGAAAAGUAAUUAUAUGUGGUGAUACCUGCUGGUCAGAGGAGCUUCUAAAAGUUGGUCAAAACGCAGAUAUUUUAGUACAUGAGGCAACAUUACAAAAUAGUUCAAAAGACACUGCUAUACAAAAUGGUCAUUCAACACCAGAUAUGGCAGCAGACAUUGCCCAAAGAUUAGAUGUUGAGAAGCUGGUAUUGACACAUUAUAGUCAGAGAUAUAAACCUAUCAAUUGCACAGAUACUGAGAAAGAAGAAACUGUACAGAUAUUGUAUGAUGAAGCAGCUUCUGUGAUAGGAAAAGAUAGAGUUGUAGCAGCAUAUGACUUGUUGACAAUAUCUAUACCACUAAAAUCAUCAUAGUACUAAUUUAUAGUAGUAUUGAUAAUAAUGUGGGAUAUGACUAUUUACCAAACAGUUAAUACAAUGAAAUAUGUUAAGCUAUGAUGUGCCUCACUAACUUUCAGAAGGGAUUUGAUAAAAAGUGAAUGUUAAACAUGUAGUAACAAAUAAAAGUAGAUUUUUCUCAAAUGUUUAAAAACUUGUGUCAACCUCCAAAAUUUUUUCCUUUUUUGCCAGAAAUUCAUGAUUUUUUUUUAUGAUGCUGAACAUAUACAAAAAUAUUCUUUUGCAAAUAAAAUGUUUCCAUUAGAUUCAUCAAUAGAGAUUUUCCAAACUCACCUGUGUAUAUGGACUUAUUUUUUUACCUGCAUUAUCAAAGGUAAAAGCAGAUCUACUAGAAGUUUUUCUGUUUGUCUGUCCAUCUGUCAGUCCUUCUGAAACACAACGAGUGUAUCUAGUUUGUGCCAUGUGUAACUCAAACAGUUUUCCUCCAACAUUAUUCAAACUUACAUUAAUAUUACUUGCAUGCAUUGAUUGCACACAGAUUGAAAAGGUGCAACUUCUAUUUUGGUUACAAGUUUGAAUUAUUUUUCUGAGGUUUCUCAUAUGUUGAACCUACUCCAUUUUGUCAUAGAUAUAGUUGUUACCUAGUUUGUUACAUGUGUAAAUAAAACACUAUCCAAUUUCCAUUUUUAAUUCUUUGCAUUUGCUGCCAAAUGGGAACUUUUUGCUUUCUUUUAACAUGGUCUUGUAUAUUUCAGACAAUUUUGCUCAAUUGUGCUUAAUGGGUUUUUUUUUAGCAUAUAUAAUGGUCUGCUCUUUUUUUACAAUUGAAUCACCUGUGGAUGUAAGGCAGAGGAUUAACAUUUAUGUAUUGCAGAUCACCUAAAUAAAAGUUACUCCAUAUAAAACCUCUUCACAACAUACAAAUGUUGCUAGUGUUAGUACGUCUGACAUCAGUCCUAUAAAGAUAUAACCAUUCUUCCUUAGUUUCCAUUUUUUUGUUCACUACUUCUACAAGUGAACUAAGAUUCACUUUGAUAUAAAGCAAGUUGAUGUAAGAUUUUUUAAAACAACAUGUAAUUACCCCAUUUGAAUUAAAAAAAAUAUUUUUCUCAUGAUUUAAAUUACAUUCAUGUAACUCUAAUUAUAAUGAAAUUAUAGAUCAACUUAUACAUGUAUGUCUCCACAAUUUUUAUAUUUUUUCAUACAUUGUUUUUCUCCUCUUGUUUUCCAUGUUGCCCUGUUUUAAUUAUGAUCUUAAAAGGGCAUUAGUCAAAUUCAUUUUCACUGGUUUGACUCAAAUUCUUAUAUUCGACUUAUAACAUACUUAAACGCAUAUCCAAAUUAUAAAAAUUCUAAAAUAAACAAUUUACGAUGCAUAGACUCCAUAUUUCAUGUGUAUUUUAGUCUAGACGCCAUCUAAUUAACCAUCGAGGUGACCU